AUGGCUAACUUCGACGAUGCUGGACUUUACUACCAGGAGAGAUUUUUCGCCAACGAUGGUGUGCCUGACGCAGGUCGGGAAAUGAUAGCUGAAUAUCGCCAAAUAUGUGACCAGUUUCGUCGAUUUAUUAGAGAAUUCUCGACGGGUGGAGUUGGUGGUCUGUACUAUCGUGAUGAACUAAAGAAGAACUAUAAUGCUAAACACUACUUCCUGGAAGUCAAUCUUGGACAUCUCAAGCAGUUUGAUGAGGAUGCUGAGUCAAAACUUCGUACUUACCCGGGAAAAUUCCUUCCAGCGUUUGAAGAAGCGGCUCGUACUGUUGCUGAUGAACUCACCGCUCCUCGACCAGAAGGCGAAGAGGAGAUGAAAGAUAUCCAGGUCGCCCUAACUCUGGAUGAAUAUCCAACCUCUAUUCGACGAGUGAAGAGCUCUCAAGUGUCACAAGUUGUGAAGAUUUCCGGUAUCAUUGUCGCUGCAUCUCAGGUUCGCGCAAAAGCCACUAGGAUAACCUUACAGUGUCGAACUUGUCGUCAUACUAUUAGUGAUCAGACGCUCAAGCCAGGUCUUGAAGGGUUCCAACUUCCAAGAAGCUGUGGCGCACCUCAAUCUGGUCAACUCCAGCGAUGCCCUGUUGAUCCCUACCAUAUCGUGCCUGACAAAUGUCACUGUGUUGAUUAUCAGACUCUGAAGCUGCAGGAGAACCCCGAAGAUGUUCCUCAUGGAGAAAUGCCUCGACAUCUGCAAUUAUAUUGCGAUAGAUAUCUCACGGACAAAGUGGCUCCCGGAAAUCGAGUCACACUUGUAGGAGUAUUUUCAAUCAAGAAAAUGUUCCAAAAGAACAAAGGCAAUAAGGACAAGACUUUAACUGGCAUUAGAACACCAUAUCUUCGUGUACUCGGAAUACACGUGGAAACAGGUGGACCAGGACGUGUAGAGUUCAAGCAAUUCACUCCUGAUGAGGAGCGCAAUUUCAAGGAACUUGCAAAACGACCAGAUGCAUAUGAGCUCAUAGCCAAAAGUAUUGCGCCUUCCAUUUAUGGUUCGACAGAUAUCAAGAAGUCGAUAGCUUGUUUACUCUUUGGAGGGUCGAGAAAAAGGCUUCCCGAUGGGCUAACUCGUCGUGGUGACAUUAACGUGUUGCUCCUUGGAGACCCAGGUACUGCAAAGUCACAGCUGCUGAAAUUCGUUGAGCAGGUGUCUCCGAUUGGUGUGUAUACUUCGGGUAAAGGCUCGUCAGCAGCUGGUCUGACGGCAUCUGUGGUGCGCGAUCCUAGCUCGCGCACAUUCAUGAUGGAAGGUGGAGCAAUGGUCCUUGCUGAUGGUGGAGUUGUUUGCAUUGAUGAGUUCGACAAGAUGAGGGAGGACGACCGUGUUGCUAUCCACGAAGCUAUGGAACAGCAGACUAUAUCAAUUGCUAAGGCUGGUAUUACCACCACACUGAACUCUCGCUGUUCUGUGUUAGCUGCCGCUAACUCUGUUUAUGGUCGUUGGGACGAUAGUAGAGGUGACGAAAACAUCGAUUUCAUGCCGACUAUUUUGUCACGAUUUGACAUGAUCUACAUUGUAAAAGACACUCACGAUGUGAAGCGUGACGAGACUCUGGCUAGACAUGUCAUUGAUGUUCAUGUAAAUGCUUCAAAGAAUAAGGAAAAGACAAUGAUCGAGAAGGAAACAAACACAGAUGAGAAGACGGAAAUGUUUGAUGCAGAUGGCUUCCUAACUCUAGGAUUCUUGAAAAAGUAUGUUUCCUACGCGCGAGCGAACUGUGGUCCAAGACUAAAUCCACAGGCUAGCGAGAAGCUAGCCAGCAACUAUGUACGCAUGAGAAAUCCACCUGCAAAUUCUGAUGAAAUCAGAGUGGGCAAAAAGGCUGCUAAGUCUUCGAUUUCUAUCACUGUGCGUCAACUGGAGGCAGUCAUUCGCAUGAGUGAGAGCCUGGCAAAAAUGGAACUGCAGCCAUUCGCGCUCGAUAAGCAUGUAGAUGAAGCACUUCGUCUGUUCCGGGUGUCUACAGUAGAGGCUGCUGCUACAGGAAAUCUUGCUGGCAUCGAGGGCUUUACAUCAGAUGCUGAUCAAGAGUCGAUGCAAAGAAUUGAAUCCCAAAUGAAGAAACGGUUCUCCGUAGGAACACACGUCUCAGAACUUGUUAUUGUCCAGGACUUUGUUACACGCCAACACUACAACGAAACCUUGGUUAAAAAGGUUAUUAUGAACAUGGUAAGACGCGGAGAUCUGCAAUACAAAAUGCAAAGGAAGAUGUUGUAUCGCGUUCGCUAA